CCGGAUAACCGCCUCAAAUCUCAACUCCCAACCUCCUCCUCUUUGCUGAUUCCACCGUAUCGUAUCGCCUACUUACAAAAGACGCAUAGUAGAUUCUUAAUCUUAUCGAUUUUCUUUGCAUUUGCUUCUUCAUCUUCCUAGGGUUUCAGAGGAAUGACUCAGAUGGGAGGAGGAGUCAUGAGGGCUGCAGCCAAGGUCGCCAAUUUCGGCAUUAAUGGUGGUUUGCGAGGCGUUCCUGCUGCCCCUUUGGGAGAGCAGUCUGUCGCUACCGUCUCUCGAAAAACUCCAAGGCCCUCCCCUGCAAUCGUCUCUUCAACGGCCACUGAAGAAGGAAAGUUCGUUGGCUUUCUUUCUUCUCAGGAUGGGAAGAUUGAGGCCGUUGGGUCGGUCCAGAGACCAUCGUGGGAGAUCGAUGACUGGGAGUUUGCUGGGGAUGACGAGGAACUGCUCUUGGAUUCCAUGAAUCCGAUGCCUAGAAUUGUCUUCGGAGGUGUUCCGACUUUGGAGGAGGCCAAAGAGGCGACUUCUGACCUGAAAGACGCUCUGGAGAAGGUGUACUUCUCCUCUUCCAAUGCUUCUGGAUGCAUUGACCCUGUUGCAGUUGUUCAAGAAUCUACUAAAAACUCUGAAUUUCCAGAAACUAAAGUUUGUGUUACUAGUGAAACUACAGUGUCCCGGCCAUCAGCACCAAUACAUGCUCUUCAGGCAUUCAAAUUGCUGAAAGAAAGUGCUGAAGCUCAGUCUGUUGUUGCUUCACUUGUAUCUGACAAGAACGUCUGGGAUGCUGUGAUGAAAAACGAGGAAGUUGUGGAAUUUCUCCAAUCACAACACACCAGUGCUGAUCGCUUAGGCAUGGAUGUGAAUGUGAACAAAUCAUUUGCAGAUGGUAAGUUCAAUGGUGAAGAAUCCUCAGAAAGUAUAUACGAUGAGGUUGAUGAGGAUCAUCGUGAGAACCGUGGUGAUGGAUUUAUGGGGUGGAUAAAUAACGUCAAGCUUACGGUCAUGAAGAUGGUGAGCAGCGUGUCUGAAUUUUUCCAUCACAUCUUAGGAGGAGAUAUAUCUGUUGAUGGCAACGGGAAUGGGACUACAGCUACUGUUGAGAGGACUAUAACAUCAUCCUUCAUGGCACUGGCGGUCUUGGCAAUUAUGGUGGUUGUGUUGAAGCGAGGAUAAAUUUGGUGAAUUGACAGUCCUACUUAUAUGAAUUAGCCGACUUUGCAUUACAUAUAUAUUUUUUUCUUUCACAGCUAUUGUUCUGACACUAUGGUAUGCAAGUAGUUCUGACGCUAAGCUUAUUGUACAUAUAAAGAACUCGCGGGUAUGCUUGAAACUGUGAUCCAUGUAAUUAAGGCUUUUCAAAGACUUGAAGUUUAUAUUUUCCGA